GACGCUUCGUUCCCUCACGACCAAAUUAUGAAGCUGGAGCAAAUAUUUAUCAUGCCUGCGGGUCUACCUGGCCGGCCGACUGUUAGACACGCCAUUUUCGCCCCAAGUCAGUUCGAUAACUACGCCACAGCCGGUUUCCCUGGGAUUUCCGACCUUCUGUACGGCUACGACGGCUUGAGCCCCGAGGAGAAGACGGCGAGGCAGAAGGAGAUCAGAAGACAUAUUUCCGACCUCACGAUCCUGGUACAGAGGGCCUCCAGUCUCCUCGAAGAUUUCCACAGUAUUUAGCGUGGGAAGGAAAAUGUGGUCAGACGGGGGAAUGGAGA